ACGUCGCUGUGCCGCCGCCGCGUGACGCAUUUCCUGUUUGUUGUUGGAGAAAGGAGAGAAAGGAAAGCGCGAGGAGCCGCCGCCACCCGCGCAGCAGUGCUGGAGCCGUGAGGAGAUUCGGGCCGUCACCCCCGCCUCCCCUGCGUCCCGCCACCGACCGCCUUCGUCCUCGGACCUAUUCCAACAACCUCUUGAAACAUGGUGGAUUACUAUGAAGUUCUAGGCGUACAGAGACAUGCCUCACCCGAGGAUAUUAAAAAGGCAUAUCGGAAACUGGCACUGAAGUGGCACCCAGAUAAAAAUCCUGAGAAUAAAGAAGAAGCAGAGAGAAAAUUCAAACAAGUGGCAGAGGCGUAUGAGGUGCUGUCAGAUGCUAAGAAACGGGACAUCUAUGAUAAAUACGGCAAAGAAGGAUUAAAUGGUGGAGGAGGAGGUGCAGGUGGUGGAAUUCAUUUUGACAGUCCAUUUGAAUUUGGCUUCACAUUCCGAAACCCAGAUGAUGUCUUCAGGGAAUUUUUUGGUGGAAGGGACCCAUUUUCAUUUGACUUCUUCGAAGACCCUUUUGAGGACUUCUUGGGGAAUCGAAGGGGUCCCCGAGGAAGCAGAAGCCGAGGGACGGGGUCGUUCUUCUCUGCGUUCGGUGGAUUUCCAUCUUUUGGAAGUGCAUUUCCUUCUUUUGAUACAGGAUUUACUUCAUUUGGGCCACUGGGUCACGGAGGCCUCACUUCAUUUUCUUCUGCGUCAUUUGGCGGUAGUGGGAUGGGCAACUUCAAAUCGAUAUCAACUUCAACUAAAAUAGUUAAUGGCAGAAAAAUCACUACAAAGAGAAUUGUCGAGAAUGGUCAAGAAAGAGUAGAAGUUGAAGAAGACGGCCAGUUAAAGUCCUUAACAAUAAAUGGUGUGGCUGAUGAGGAUGCCCUCGCUGCUGAGUGCGCGCGGAGAGGCCAGAACGCCCUGCCAGCCCAGCCCGCCAGCCUCCGCCCGCCGAAGCCAACCCGGCCUGCCUCGCUGUUCAGACACGCGCCCCACGGUCUCUAUGAGGAGGAGGGCGAGCAGGACCGACCUUGGGUGUCCGGGCCUUGGGACCCCCUCGCGUCCGCAGCAGGAUUCAAAGAAGGUGGCAAGAGGAAGAAGCAGAAGCAGAGAGAGGAGUCGAAGAAGAAGAAGUCAACCAAAGGCAAUCACUAGACCGGACUUGCAGGCUCGCUGCCCCCAGAGCUGGCGCUCCACCGUGCUUGGCGUGCGGCCGUGUGCACGCGCUAGGCAGCAGCGUGGGGUCAGCACUGUCUGGCGGCCACACUCGCUCGGCAGGAUUAUGCAAUCACAGAUCAGUCAGAGCAGGGUCAGGAGGCGGGGCUGAUGGCACGGGUGGUGGGCACGGACACUGGGGACGGGGACGCGGCCGCGGCUCUCCCUCUGCCCUCCCAGCACUCGGUCUGCUAGUGUUUUCCUCUAGAGCUUCCGGAUCCUCUUCAUUCUUUUUGGCCAUGCAACCACUCCGCAUGCUGCUGGGGUAUUUGUAGCGUUAGGAGAACAGCAGGGCAGACAGCUGAGCUGAGUGGCUUUCACUAAACGACGCGCUUUCCUGUGGCAGUGUUGUGUGUGGAAUUAGAGGGUAAUUGAGUAGAGUGUGACUUAGAGAAUGCCCUAAGUGACGCACUGAAUCCUGGCGGUCAGGGCAUCUUUUCCUCAGGGCAAUGUGGCCACACGAACAGAAUCAGGAAUCACACCACAUGUAAAAUCAUUCCUCUGUUUCAUCUUUUAAUUUUCAUCUGCAGGUAGUCCAAAUUCAACUUCAAAUAUCGUGUAGGUUUUGCCAGAUUCCAUAUUUUUUUCCUGGGAUCCAUAAUUCUUUUUAGCAAAAGGCUUUUGCUCAGCAGCACCCUCCCUAGCGUUCCUGGGUCAGGGCUGUGCUGGGGAAAACGGCGGGUCAUUACGCAUGCCCAACACCCCCAGAGAUGGCACCAGGAGGUCGGGCCAGUGUUCAGUUCGUGAGCACUGACGCCUCGCAAAGUCACCGCACUCUGACCUGAUGCUGCCCGCUGCCGGCAGCCCUUCGUUUGCAUCGUGUACUGCUGCUUCUCUUUUUAUUGUUACUGAGCACGGAGCGGAAUUUGGGGUUGUCUUGCCUUCUUCCCUGCACGCACCCCGCCCCCACACUGUCCUUCCCUUUCCCAUGAGGACCUGCUGUCCCUGUUGCUUUUCCUUUGUCCUCUGGGAUGUGAGGGCACUGUGAGAGGCUUGGGUGUGAUGUAAAGACGCCGGCAGUUUUAAUCAGCGAUGUUGAAGCCGGGAAUUCUUUGGCGCUAUCCACAUAGCAGUGACCCAGGCUUGGGAGCCAGAAGCAAGCGCGAUCUGUGGUUUUAUUUAACACAGCUGUUGCCCAAGAGUUGGCUUUGUUUAUUUGUUUUGGUGGGGAGUGGAGUGGUAUUUGAUGCUUUCUGCGGACAAUGUAACUCUCAACGCAUCAUGUAUCUUAAGUGCCACCUACGUAAAUAAAACAUGAGCAUACUGAAUACA